AUGAAGAACCAAGACAAAAAGAAUGGGGCCGCCAAACAGUCAGGCAACACUUCCAACCCAAAAAGCAACCCAGGGCAACCGGAAGCGGGACCAGAGGGAGCCCAGGGUCGCCCCAGCCAGGCGACUCCUGCAACCGAAGCUGAAGUUUCCACCAGCCAGGCCCCUGGGAAGCCUGAGGGGGCUCAAGCCAAAACUGCUCAGUCUGGGGCACUCCGUGAUGUGUCUGAGGAGCUGAGCCGCCAGUUGGAAGACAUCUUGAGUACUUACUGUGUGGACAACAAUCAGGGGGGCCCAGGUGAGGAUGGGGCACAGGGUGAGCCUGCUGAACAUGAAGAUACAGAGAAGUCCCGGAGCUAUGCUGCAAGGAACGGGGAGCCUGAGCCAGGGACCCCAGUAGUCAAUGGUGAGAAGGAAACCUCCAAAGGGGAACCAGGCACAGAGGACAUCCGGGCACGUGAUGAGGGCGGAGAUCGAGACCACCGGAGGCCACAGGAGAAGAAGAAAGCCAAAGGGCUGGGGAAGGAGAUUACACUGCUGAUGCAGACACUGAAUACACUGAGCACCCCAGAGGAGAAGCUGGCAGCGCUGUGCAAGAAGUAUGCUGAACUGCUAGAGGAACACAGGAACUCUCAGAAGCAGAUGAAGCUCCUGCAGAAGAAGCAGAGCCAGCUGGUGCAAGAGAAGGACCACCUGCGGGGUGAGCACAGCAAGGCCGUCCUAGCCCGCAGCAAGCUGGAGAGCCUGUGCCGCGAGCUGCAGCGGCAUAACCGCUCCCUCAAGGAAGAAGGUGUUCAGCGGGCCCGGGAGGAGGAGGAGAAGCGCAAGGAAGUGACCUCACACUUCCAGGUGACGCUGAAUGAUAUUCAGCUUCAGAUGGAACAGCACAAUGAACGUAACUCCAAGCUGCGCCAGGAGAACAUGGAAUUGGCCGAGAGGCUAAAGAAACUUAUUGAGCAGUAUGAGCUUCGUGAGGAGCAUAUCGACAAAGUCUUCAAACACAAGGAUCUGCAACAGCAGCUGGUGGACGCCAAGCUCCAGCAAGCCCAGGAGAUGCUGAAGGAGGCCGAGGAGAGACACCAGCGAGAGAAAGACUUUCUUCUCAAAGAGGCAGUGGAGUCGCAGAGGAUGUGUGAGCUGAUGAAGCAGCAGGAGACCCACCUGAAGCAGCAGCUCGCCUUGUACACUGAGAAGUUUGAAGAGUUCCAGAACACUCUUUCCAAAAGCAGCGAGGUGUUCACCACAUUCAAACAGGAGAUGGAAAAGAUGACUAAGAAGAUCAAGAAGCUGGAGAAAGAAACCACCAUGUACCGGUCCCGGUGGGAGAGCAGCAACAAGGCCCUGCUUGAGAUGGCUGAGGAGAAAACACUCCGGGACAAGGAGCUGGAGGGCCUGCAGGUGAAAAUCCAACGGCUGGAGAAGCUGUGCCGGGCACUGCAGACAGAGCGCAACGACCUGAACAAGAGGGUGCAGGACCUGAGUGCAGGUGGCCAGGGCCCCCUCAGUGACAGCGGCCCUGAACGAAGGCCAGAGGCUGCCCCUGCCUCCAAGGAACAGGGUGGCGAGGGGCUCACAGCCCAAACACCCAGCUCCCCAAGGGCCACGGAAGCAGCCUGCUGCCCUGGAGCACUGAGCACAGAAGCAUCAGGCCAAACAGGGCCCUGGGAACCCAGCCCCACCACCGCCUAG